UCAGCAGUGACUCAAGCUGCCCGUGAACGCCUCAUUAAUCGAGUAUAACUCAAACUUUUCUCGCAGCUGUGGAAGCCAUGGCCGGACCUCCUGUUGUUAUAUGGAAGGAAGAAGUGCAGCGUCUGUUGCAUUACAGAGAGCUGGUCCCCCGUCUGGAGGAGGCUUUGGGGAAGUUCUCCAGACGAGACAGCGCAGAGGUGAUCCAGCCUGUUCGCACCACACUUCCCCUGCAAAAACAUAAUGGCUUCCUAGGAUCAAUGCCUACAUACAUGGAGAAUGAUGGAGUCCUGUGCACAAAGCUUGUGUGUUUUUACAAGAGGGAGGCUGGUUCAACUCUGCCAGCCACACAAGCCACAGUGAUGCUGCUGGACCCAGAGUAUGGGAAUGUAAAGGCUGUCAUUGACGGAGAGGGAAUCACAGGAAUGAGGACAGCUGCGGUCUCGGCCAUCUCUGCUAAGCUGCUGAUGUGCCCUGAAGCAGAGGUGUUGGCCAUCUUGGGGACUGGCAAACAGGCAUUAACUCAUUACAAGAUCUUUACAGAAAUGUUUCCAUUUAAAGAGGUGCGUGUGUGUAGCCGAACAAGAGAGGGAGUGGAGAGGUUUUGCCGCUCUGUCAGUGGUCCGGUGACGCCAUGUGGCUCAGUGGAGGAGGCGGUGAGGGGGGCAGAUGCCAUAGUGACGGUAACCCGCAGUACAGAGCCGGUGCUCUUUGGUCGGUGGGUCAAACCAGGAGCCCACGUGGCAGCAGUGGGAGCCUGCAGGCCAAACUGGCGGGAGCUGGACGACGUGUUGAUGAAGGAUGCGGUGGUGUACAGUGACAGCAGGGAAGGAGUAAUGAAAGAGUCCGGUGAUGUCAUCCUCUCUGGGGCUGAGGUGUUUGCUGAGCUUGGAGAUGUUAUUAAUGGGACAAAACCUGCACACAGAGAGAAAACAACCGUGUUCAAAUCCCUCGGAAUGGGAGUUGAAGAUGCAGUGUCUGCUAAGCUGAUAUUUGACCAAUGGAAAGCCAAAGCCAGCCUACCAUGAGGUGGCUUUGUAUUUCAAUCUGAACAUGACUUCUUUGCUUGACAUUCAUGGCCCACAAACUAAUCCAGAUCAAGGCAAUAUAGGACAGGACAAGAAAUAACAUAGUUCAGUCCAAAUUAAUUUUACUUUAGAUUACCCAUCCUGACAAAAAAAGCCUCUGCUGUGUAACCUGAUAAACCUACAUGCAAACAAAUUUGCCAUAGAGCUGUAUUAUUUAAUGACGAAACCGUAAGUUAAUUUAUCAAAUAGAGUAAAUGUCCCUAUUAAGCCUACGUACAAAAUAACCCUAAUUGCAACUUCUGGGUUAAGAAAAAACACUUUUUGCUGUGCUAUGUUUCUUCCAAUGGAGCUGCUUAUUACAAAAAUGAUAGUUUUUAUUGUAAGCCAAUCACAUUUUUCUAUAUUGAGUUAUCGAAGCGCAUGUGUGAUUUAAACCAGGAGAAGUGGCAAAAACAUGUAGGUACUUUGCCCUCAUAUAUGGAAGAACACGGGGGACUCUACUAAAAUGAUAAUGUUAUCUUGAAAAUGAUAUGUAAUUCCACAAUAAAAAAACAAAUUUUCAAC